CGCUUCCUUCCCAUUGCCGCGCUGCGUUGCGCUUGCGCAUUCCGAGCUCAAAAGUCGCCGUAGACCCACCACCUCCUCUCGCUCUCCAUCCGAUUUGGUCUGGUUUGGUUUGGUUUCAGCUUUUGGUCUCUCCAUCUCCAUCUUGUGUGUGUUGGUGGUGGGUGAUUUGUGGCGGCGACGGCGGCGGCGGAGAUGAAGGAUGGUGGGGGCGGGGGUGGGGGCAGGGGCCAGCAGUGGCCGUGCGACUACUGCGGGGAGGCGGCGGCGGCGCUGCACUGCAGGGCGGACGCGGCGAGGCUGUGCGUGGCGUGCGACCGCCACGUGCACGCCGCCAACGCGCUGUCGCGGAAGCACGUGCGGGCGCCGCUCUGCGCCGGCUGCGCCGCGAGGCCCGCGGCGGCGCGCGUCGCCUCGGGGAGGAGAGGGGGCGGGGAGCCGGCGUUCCUGUGCGCGGACUGCGACGACGAUGACGACGGCGGCGGCGUGGCGCGGGUGCCCGUCGAGGGGUUCUCCGGGUGCCCCGCGGCGGCCGAGCUUGCGGCGUCGUGGGGGCUCGACCUCCCCGGCGAUGCCAACGACGACGAGGACGCGUUCUUCUCCGCGCUCGACUACUCCAUGCUGGCCGUCGACCCCGUCCUGCGCGACCUCUACGUGCCGUGCGACCCGCCCGAGGUGGCCGCCGGCGGCCGGCGCCUCAAGGGGGAGGCGCUGAGCCACCAGCUCGCCGAGAUGGCCAAGCGGGAGGCGGAGACGGCACACCCGCAGCAGCACCAGCAGCACUCGGAUCUGAGCCCCCGCACGCCCCGCCGGACCUCCGCCGCCGCGAGCGGCCGGUUGCAGGAAAAGCAAGCUCCCCCGCCGUUGCCUCAUGCGACAGCGGCGGCGGUGGCUCCGGCGGAGGCGCCGCUGCCGUACACUUCACUGCUCAUGAUGGCGCCGGCCAACUGCACCGAGCUGAUGGACAACGACCGUAUUGGCGACGACGAUGAAAACGUUCUCUGGGAGAGCACUGCGCCCUCAGUUCCACCAACCCAGAUAUGGGAUUUUAAUUUAGGAAAAUCGAGGGAUCACAAUGAGAACUCUGCACUUGAAGUUGGAUUUGGCUCAAAUAAUGGAGGCUUUAUGAUCCAGAGUUACAAUGACAUGCUCAAGGAGAUUUCUUCUGGGACAACGAAGGAUCUGGAAGAUAUUUAUGACUCAAGAUACUGUGCAGCUGCCGAAGAUAUCAUGUCGACUAAUGUCUGUCAGCUGUCAUCGAAAAAUCCAAGCGCUGGGAGCCACAAACGGAAGGCGGCUAGCUCAUGCGCCUCGACGAUGGACGGACCGACAACUUCCACAAGCCAUGUACCCGCUGCUGCUGCUGCUUCAGGACCCUUGGGGGGUUCUUCCCACGACAGAGGAUCAGGUCUCACCAAGGAGAUCUCCUUCUGCGAUCAGACCGUCGUCCCUACCGGAGCCGACAGGCCAUCCUCCUCCAUCAGGAUCGACAGCGAGACGCUCGCGCAGAACAGGGACAGCGCGAUGCAGCGGUACAGGGAGAAGAAGAAGAACCGCAGGUAUGAGAAGCACAUCCGGUACGAGUCGAGGAAGCUGAGGGCUGACACGAGGAAGCGGGUGAAAGGUCGCUUUGUGAAGUCGAACGGAGCACCGGAUGACGACGGCAAUGGCGGGUGAUCUGAUCAUCGAUCCCUACAAGCCCUGAUAGCUAGCUAGCUGCAAUGGUACGUAGCGUUGGUUUUUUUUUUCCCUGACGUUGCAGAAAUCGAUGUGGCCACAUAUAUAUGCGACGAGCUAAGUCUGAAUAUUCUGCUGCAUGGCUUCGCAAUACUGAACCGCUCUGCUCUGCACUCUGCUGCAUGUAUUGUUCAGCUAAAUUUUUGCAUGGAAGAGUCGAUCUUGAUAAGAACCUUACUCCCUACAGAAAUACACUGCAUAUAUGUAAUACUGUAAUAGAACUUAGCUUUUCACUUUCAUCUUGACUUGUCAGAUUUACCUACCUUAUAUAUAGUACGUAAUGCCAUUGGUGAUUCAUGCACGAGCUCAUACGGGAACAGAUAUAGUUUGGUUAUAAUUUUCGUCAUAUCUCCCCCCGUUUCAUAUUACAAGAAUUUUUAGCCCUACUCAGAUUGACAU